CCCGCGGAAAUGGGCGAACAUAACUUGCUAAAUCCAAGCUUUGUGGGACCCCUGGUAAACAUUCAUACGGGAGAUGCCUUCUACUUCCCAAAUUUCAGAACAUCUGGGGGGCAAUUGGCGGGAUUAUCGUCCCUAUCUUACCCGAGAAGGGACAAUGUUUGCUCCCUGCCCUGGCCCGUCUCAGAUCAAUGUAAUGGAUACCCGCAGUCCUAUCUGGGUAACACAGUUUCUAUUAACCCCUCAUUCAAUCGAACCUGCGACAUAGGCAGAGUGGAAGAGCAGAGCAAAAGCUACUACCGAGAUGGCGGGUCGGACAGCGUGGCCAAUCUGAAGCGAGAGGAGAGGAUCCGGGACAAUUCGGUGCUUCCCGUGCACGAAUCUGCCAUCCCGAACGGGAUCGGCGCUAAUUUCUCCAAAUACGACUAUCCCGGGUCGGAGUCGCUACCGCACCAGGAACACGGAGCGUGUCACCCGCUGGAGUCAGACUCCAACUCGCCUCUGAUGAAUGACCAGGAAAAGAAUUGUGGCAAUAAUUCAGCUCUCGCUUCGCCAAUCACCCAUGGGAACUCUCUACCUGCCGGAGGGACUCCGUGGUUUCCCGUUCACGCCAGAACCCGGAAAAAGCGGAAACCUUAUUCUAAGGUUCAGAUCGCGGAGCUGGAAGGAGAGUUUCUGAUGAAUGAGUUCAUUACUCGACAGAGGAGGAGAGAGCUUUCAGACCGGCUCAAUCUCAGCGACCAGCAGGUGAAAAUCUGGUUCCAAAACCGACGGAUGAAAAAGAAAAGACUGCAAAUGAGAGAGCAAGCGCUAACCUUCUUUUAGGUGCGAAAAAAAAGACAAUAUUCCUUUGUUUUUGAUACUUGCUGAAAAACAAACACGAACAUUGCAACGCCACACACACACACACUCACAGAAAUAUAACCUCAUACACAUG